GCACCAGCAGGUUUGACUAAAAGCACUGGUGUAUUGUGUGUGGAAAGUCACAGCAAUCUCAACACAAAAACAUUGGCAUGGAUAACUGGAGGCAACCAACAAAGAUUUCCUACAAGCGGUGGAGAAAUCCUGAACUGAGGGAUGAGGGAAAUUUUGUGGGUCAGAGCGAUGAAGACCAGGGCACAGACAAUGAGAUCUGCACUAUAGCCUCACCAGGAGUCGACUCAGGGGGACUACAGCCUGCAUCCACAUCUGGAUUUAAUAAAACUGAAGAAACCUUUACAGUAGACGACGCACUGGAGGCCAUCGGCUUUGGAAAGUUCCAGUGGAAGAUCUGUCUCCUCACCGGACUCUCAUGGAUAGGAGAUGCCAUGGAGAUGAUGAUCCUCAGUAUCUUGGGCCCCCAGCUGCACUGUGAGUGGAGGCUGCCCAGCUAUAAAUUGGCCAUCUUAACAUCGGUGGUGUUUGUCGGGAUGGGGAUUAGCUCACCUGUAUGGGGGAAUAUAUCCGACAAGUACGGCAGAAGAGUAGGUCUGACGAUUUGUAUGUGCUGGACUCUGUACUACGGCCUGUUGAGUGCCUUCGCUCCGGUGUACGGCUGGCUCUUGGUCCUGCGGGGCCUUGUAGGUUUUGGCAUCGGAGGAGCUCCUCAGUCGGUGACACUUUACUCAGAAGUCCUCCCAGUGAAAGCAAGAGGCACCUGCAUCAUGCUGAUUGCGGCUUUCUGGGCAUUUGGUGCUGUGUUCGAGGUCUUGCUGGCAUUGUGGGUAAUGCCCACUCUCGGCUGGAGGUGGCUUAUCGGCCUGUCCACUAUACCAAUGGCAAUCUUUGUUUGCUUCUGCUUUUGGCUGCCUGAAAGUCCUCGCUUUGAUGUGCUGACGGGAAAAACAGACAAAGCUUUGGUAACUUUAACGCGUAUCGCCAAAGAGAAUGGCAAGGCCAUGCCUCAAGGGAAGUUGACCAUCUAUCAGAAGAAUGAACGCGGGUGCAUCAAAGAUCUCUUCGCUCCUCAGUAUUGGAGAACAACUCUUCUUCUGUGGUUUAUAUGGUUUGCAUAUGCCUUCUCGUAUUACGGGAUAGUCCUGUUGACAACUGAGCUGUUCCAAGCUGGAGAUUCUUGUGGGGCGACCCAAGGGGCCAAGAUUGAGCCAAACUGUAGUCUGGAAUGCAAAUAUUUGACAUCAGCUGACUACAGAGACCUUUUAUGGACGACCUUGGCUGAAUUCCCAGGACUUUUAGUUAUCCUUCUGGCAGUUGAUUAUAUUGGCAGGAAGAAGAGCAUGGCACUGUGUUUCUUCAUGUUUUCUUUGUGCAUCCUGCCCUUAUAUGCUUGUAUUGGGAGGACUGCUCUUACAAUCUUCAUAUUUAUUGCUAGAGCUUUCAUCUCGGGAGGAUACCAAGUUGCUUUUGUUUACACACCAGAGGUGUUCCCUACAGAAAACCGAGCCUUAGCAAUGGGGACUUGCAGUGCGAUGGCCAGGGUGGGUGCCCUGAUUACACCCUUUGUGGCACAGGUGUUGCUCAGGACAUCAGUGUAUUUGACUUUGUCACUGUACUGUGGCUGUUGUCUGCUGGCCGGCGUUGCAUCCUUGAUCCUGCCCAUUGAGACGAUGGGCAGGGGUCUGCAGGAGUCCAAUCUUGACUAGGAGGCCGGAGGGCAGAUGAGCAGCAGAACCAGCCAUUCAAAUAGUACACACACAGGGUAGAUCAGCCAGGAGGGGGAAUGAAAAAAACUGGAAAAUAAAGGAUAUUUUGUCGACUCCCAUGCUGCUGUAGACGCCACAGUUGCCUGGUUUAACUGUGGCUUGAAUCCUCUGAGCGAUGAUGGGUGAAGAACAACAGGGGACAAUCUCAUUACAGGCUGGGAGUGAUAAUUAAGGGAAGGCCUACUUCCCAUGUCUAAUGAGAGCGGAAGCACACUUGUGCUUGGACCAGUUUGUUUACCUCUCUUCCAUCUAGGCCAUUAGAAGCAACAGAGGGACAUUUUGGAAAAUGAUGAUCCACUAUGUUUCACAAGAGACUGUGACGUUUGUUUUGAUACAUUCUGAAUAAAAAUAAUUUCUUUUGUAUUUAUUUAUA